CUUUUUGUGGAUGUAUCACAUUAAUCAAUCUUGCAACACAUAUUUAAAAGAGAAAAGCACAACUGUAAUAACUUAAACAUUUUACAACACAAUGAAACAAUGUAUUGUGGGAGUGUAGUUUGAAGCAUCUGUAAACUGAGUUGGUGAUAUCGCGAACGAGACUUCAAUGACCAGAAACGUCCUCUUCUUUGCUGAAGCUGUACGGCUUGUUCGUGAGAGUCGCCCUGAACUAGCAGUUGUGGAAAUUCCCUGAUCUUUUAAUGAUCUGGAUAUAUUUUGGUUAGUUGUUUGUAAAUCAAAAUGAUUUGAAGAUCGAAUAAUUUGCUCAGCGCCCUGUUUUUGUCCUCUCGUCAACCAGCACUGUCUUGUAAUGUUUACUUCUUUCGUGCUUCGGCGUGUGCGCUUGUGUAGCGGACUGAUGUAGUGUUUAAUGUUGGCUAAAUUAUUUUACACAAACAAUACAUAGGUUGGAUAGCUUUAUUCAUACGAUUUAUUCACACGAAGCAUGUCCAUCGUGCACAAUCGAUGUAAAUAAUCGAUGUGAAUACUCCCAGGUAGUUACAGUUAUAGUCGAGAACGAAGUGCGAGCAAGAUCCUCGUUCAUGAUGGCGAUGUUUCGCAGUUUUGUGUCGGCUACUCAUCAGCUCAGGCAGCACCAACAAAACGGGGCAGCUGCGGCUGCCACUGGCGAGAGCCUCGAGAGCCAGUUCUCCUGCCCAAUUUGCCUGGAGGUGUAUCAUAAACCUGUCACCAUUGGAAGCUGUGCCCACACGUUCUGUGGGGAGUGUCUGCAGCCCUGUCUCCAGGUCACCUCUCCCCUCUGCCCUCUGUGCCGCAUGCCUUUUGACCCAAAGAUGGUGGACAAGUCCUCCAGUGUGGAGAAACAGCUGUCCAACUACAAGGCCCCCUGUCGGGGCUGCAGUAAGAAGGUGUCUCUGGUCAAAAUGAGGUCACACAUCUCCUCUUGCGCGAAGGUCCAGGAGCAGAUGGCCAACUGCCCAAAGUUUGUGCCUGUGGUCCCCACUUCACAGCCCAUUCCCAGCAAUAUUCCAAACCGCUCCACCUUCUCAUGUCCAUUCUGUGGCGCCCGCAAUCUGGAUCAACAGGAGCUGGUCAAACACUGUAUGGAGAACCACCGCAAUGAUCCCAACAAAGUGGUGUGUCCUGUAUGUUCAGCCAUGCCUUGGGGGGACCCCAGCUACAAGAGCUCCAACUUCCUCCAGCACCUCCUCCACCGGCACAAGUUCUCCUACGACACGUUUGUGGACUACAGCAUUGACGAGGAGUCAUCACUGCAGGCAGCCAUGGCCCUGUCCUGUCAAAUCAAAUGUUAAAGUGAGUGACCGUCUGACUCUGUCUUUGCAGGACUACAGUAUCGAUGAAGAGGCGGCACUACAGGCAGCCCUGGCUCUCUCCAUGGCAGAGAACUGAGAGUCCUCUGAGUCCCCCAUUCUGCUGUCUGGGGACGCACUUUCUUCCUGACACCCCACUAGGUCUCUUUCUUUCUCUGGAUCCACCCCAUAUCCAGCCCCCUCCACUGUCUCCUCACAGGGAGAGUUUGGAAGGACUUGGCCUCGACUCCCACUCUGGGAGAGCUACAGAGGGCUUAUCUCCUAACCCGUCCCUCUAUCUGGCCCUUCAUCCACUCUGCUCGCCUGCUUAACCCGUCAAUGCCCAUUACCAUUACAUCGUAUCCUCUCAGCCAGCAGCAGCCUCUUCACUUCCUGUAUACUGGGGAGGAAGGGAGCUUGGCCAAUAAAUGUUGCAAUUCAAAACCACUGCAAUGCAAAAAACAAUGAGUGCAGCAUGGACAUUGUUGUUAUUCUGCAGAAAGUAUGAAGGUUCCCAAAAAUAAUGUUUAAAGGUAUUUUCUUUUACUCUUUAUUUUUCACUGUUCAAAUUAAAUGUUUUCAAACUCCAGGAAAAAGCCAUCUCACGACACGUUCUGGUCAAAGUACCACAGAUUAGUUCUGUUAAAGUUUAUUCUCAAGUGCAUCAUUUGAUGGCUUUUUGAUUAAGAGGGACUACAGUUGAAUGGCUUGACCUCAUUCUCAGUGUGAUAAUCUUACCACUAGGUGACAGGCUAGACAUGACCAGUUGAGCACAGAGAGUGAGGUCAUUCUUACAUCCCCAUCACGACAACAACACACUAACAUUUGCAACGCGAACCAAAACAAACUAUCAAACUAUCCCCUUUUGUAUUCAGAGUUCUUGUGUAUACUUGCACUUGUCACAUUUUUCUACAUAAUUGAACGACAGAUUGUUCUCAUUUCACAGAUCAGAAACAUAAUUAUAGUACUGCAUUUAUUCUUCACACUGCUGUUCCUCUGCUGAUAUUUUUAUGAAGCACCAGACAAGAUAAAAUAUAUUUUUGGAAAAUGUUUCCGUUUUAAAUGGUGUACUAAUAAUAAGAAACAUGUUUAUUGGCGAUUUGUUUGUUGUUUUACCACCUUGUUAAAAGUACCCAUUGGUACUGUACUGCUGGCAUCAAACAGUUGCUUGCAGGAUUUUAGGGCCUAUGUGUAAUACACUGUCUCGAACACAAGAGGGCACCCCAGUCUCAAAAUAGGCCAGGCACAAGUCAAUAGUAAUUUAAAUCGGUGUUUCUCCAUCAGUUCAUAUCCAUGCACAGUAUUCUGUUUGGUUUAGUGUCCAGUUUUAUGUUAAUUAUUGUCUUGAACACCAAUGUUGGUCUGAUUAGUACAAUGCAAAUGUAAAAGUGUACAUUGCUACUCUACAGAAUCAGUGCAAUAUUCCUAGGCCAUUUACCUUCCAGGAUCCACACUGCUGCUGUCUCAGGGGGGUCUCCCCAAAACCUUUUGGACAGAGCUGUGAAAAUCUGUUUGAAUAUACCAUACACAUUCCAGUCCUGUUACAAUCAUUAUGUUCCAAUGGUUUGUUAAAGACAUCCACUUUCUGGUAGCACAGUAAUUAUUAAAGUUGGAUUUAAACAAAACUGUGCAGAACAGCUGCAUAUUCAAUCAUAUGAUAAAAUUGUCUUUAAAGACACUUUGCUUCAAUGGGAUACAAUUAUAAAAGUAUGUUGCCCCAAAGUAGAUGUUUAAAUUAUAAGCCAUGUUUGAGUAGUAGUGUACCCGUUGAGCUAGCAUUGAUCUGUGGAGAUUUAAGAUGAUGUUUUGGUUCACUCUGAUGGAUGCCUUAUAGGAAACUGGUUAGAUUGUAUAGCGCGCAAUGGAGGAAGAUAUUAUGUAUUGUGAUUAUUUGUUACUAGACUGACUAGUAGAAGUAUAAUGGUCUGUCCAUUUAUGUUUUUCCUUGUUUCUGAGGAGAACUGUACAUACGGUAGAGAAUGCAACAUUUAGGUUUUAGGUCCCUGUGGUAACAACGAAUGAGAAUGUAUUCGUUUUUUCAUACGUUAUAUAUUUUCCACGGGAAUUCAUUGAAAUAUUGCACUUUAAUUUAAAAAUAAAUAUUUAGAAAAAGGCCAGAAUUUUUUUCUUCUUUUUUUUUCUUCCCAAUAUGUACAUUUCAUGAUGGAUGAUAAUGUAAGUUGUGGCUGUUUUUGUGUAAGAGCAGAGGGAAUGUUAAGUAUUAUCUCAGUCAUAACAUGGUGAUGUUUUGAUGAACUGGGAUGGUACAGACAAUUUGUCUGUCGUUAAUAUUCUAUAGAUGAGUAUUUAUUGCAAAACCAACUGAGAAAACCAUCCCAGAUGUACAAAAGUGUGUCAAACAAAAUUUGACUCAGCUUAGUCAAAGCGUUCCUGGAGAUAAGGCAUCCUCAUUUGAUAGACAUCGACAUGUUAUAUUUUCGGUGUUUAAAUGUAUUGUACUGGUUGGUGGCACAGUAUUGACAGCUGUAGCCAUUAGAGAGAAACUCUCAUCACCAUGAGAAGUCCUCAGUUUCUUCUGGGGCAGCAAGGAAUUGUUACGCAUCUUUAAUUUCAUCAUUUAAUCAACCUUUUUUACUACCUAAUGAUGCUCUUUUUAUAAAUGUUUGUAAGGUAAAUGGUAUUGUAUGUUUAGAUCAGCGUUCAUGUGCACAGCUGUAGCCUAAUGUUGAUUUUGUAUGGAGUAUAUCUGAAAUGUAUACUUCUCACUCUUUGUGUACUGUUGCAUCCAUGCAUAAUGCCACUGUACUGUGCAUCAUCAUCCCAGAUGUCCUACUUGUGGUCAGAACCUUCCCAACCUCUGUAAAAUAAACUCAAUGUUGCAGGUCACACACUGAUAGACCACCUGCAACAAAGACAUACACCAAAAACAGUGACAGAAAAAAAAGGAAAUGAUUUUGUAUGAACUUUGUUAGGUCAUUUUUGUCAAGAGGUCCUUACUUACACUGUCUGUUCUGAUCUUGGUAAGGCUGACAGGAAAUAUACUUCCAUAAAGACUGGUAUCACGGCAAUCAGAGAAGACAGAGCCUGUGUCUCUGACUGUGUCCCCCAGGACUUGGCUGCCCUGGGAGUGUCAUGUAAUGUCACUCAGUCUAGACCCAGGCUGAUGUUGCCCUCCCUAGGUGGUCUGAGCUACAGUCACUUGAACCAGGAAGUUUCCUUCAGGCCCACUGUACCCUAGAGACCCACCAUGGGGAUUUGGCCCUACUGUCAGGGCCUGUGUGUGUUAAAUGUGAUUUAUGCAUUCUUGAAAAAUAGUAAUAAUACCAGUAAUAACAAUGGUUGAUUGUUAGCAUCAUCAUGUGGAUAUUUAAGUUAUAACACUGUUUGAACUUUAAGAUAUUGUAUUUGUAGCAGAUUUUUUUUCCCGCCUCAAUAAAAACACUGACCCAUCCCA